AUGUGGAAGACUAUCAACAGAACUCAACUCUGUACAGGAUUAUUAAUAAUAUUACUAACAGUGGUAUAUUUUCAUACAACAUCUCUCCCACAAAUCGGUUUUAGAUCAAAGAUUCCUUUUAACGACACAGAUGUUUUUUCUAAUAGAAAGAAUAAGUUACAUCCAGGGUCAGGUAUCCUAGCUACCAGGAAUUUUCAGAAAGCUACAAAGUCACUGAAAACAGCAAACAGACGAAAAUAUUUAAUCUACUUUUGUGAUAAAAAUCGAGGUUGUAAUGGAUUAGGUGGUCGACAGCAUAGUAUAACUAAUGCCUUCAUUUAUGCGAUGCAGAUGGAUAGAAGGUUUGGAAUCGUCAUGUCUACACCCUGUGAUGUUCGACAAUUUUUUAUUCCAAAUAAAUACAACUGGAUUAUUCCUGAAAGUAACCUGUUCGGGAAACCAUACAAAGUCAUCGAGAGAGGGACUGUUUUAUCGUUAAACGAAACGACCGAGGUGAUUUAUUUACGAACUAGUUCUAAAAAUUAUGUUAACAUGUAUAGCCAAAUCCAGCAUAAAUUACCCCCUUAUCUAAAAGGUGGGACGACACGAAGCCAAAUUGUGAAACUAAUUUGGGAAUAUUUGAUGAAACCAUCACAUUACGUGAUCAACCAUUUAAAAACGCUCGCUUUGCCAGAAAAUUUGACUUGUGCGCAUGUCCGGAUCGGGAGAAGUAAAAAUUUACCCAACGAUGCACCUAGGAAUAAUUUAACGAGCGUGCCAAAACUUUGGGAUUUUAUGGAAAAAUUUGACAAUACAAUAUUUGUCGCAACUGACAAUAUUGAAGUUAGAGAUUCAGCACGACGGCGAUUCACAAAGCGUUAUUUUGAUUCCGGGGGUAGUAGUUUCAGCAUGAUAGCCGCCUCUAUCAGAAAUAAUUCGAAAGAUCUUUAUAGAUUUGACAGAACAGGUAUAAAGCCUUUUAAAUUGUCAUGA